AUACGCACAAUAACACUGUGAUUGACAAGCCUUCACUGAUAUUUUUUAGUUUGGAAGCUUUCCCUUAAAUUAAAGGGCUGUUGUUUCAUUCAUUCUCUUUCUCCUUUCUUUUUCCUCUGCGUCAAUCAAACUGUAUCUUCUGAUUCUCAAGUUGAAUUAUUUACCGGCAAAUUGGAUGAGAAAUCGUUGAAUCUAGGGUUUCUGAUCGGAACUCUUCCGUUGAAUUGAAGAAUCCGAGCCAUUUCUCAUUUUUUAAAUGUGAUAAUAUUAUGGAUUGCAUUUUAUAGCUCAUGUUUGUGGUAAACCUAGCGUGCUAUUGUUUCCUUGAUUGAUAGUAGCGUGUCCUCUAUUGAAAGCUGCGAUUCGAGAUUUUUUUAUUCGUUGAGAAUGAUGUCUGUGGAGAGAUCAUUUGAAGCGUGGGAGGAGGUUCAGCGGCACGGCCAGGACUUAGCCGAUAAGCUUACGCAGGGCUUUACAGGUUUGAUUCAGUCUCACAUAACUCCGCCGACCUUCGCGUGGCCGAAUCCUCCCACGCCGAAACUGUUUGAAGUCGAGUUUCCGACGCAGAGUUUUAUGAAGAAUGACUUUGGACUGUCUUUGGAUAAGUCCACGAUAAAUGGCGUGACUGCUAUUUUUGACGUCGGGAACAGGAUAGGACAGGCGGGGGCUGAUUUUGGGGCGAGUUUUAAUGGUGGGGUUCAGCAAUUCUUCAGGCGGCUGCCACUGCCGUUCCGGCAUGAGGAGAGCGCUGGGGUGUCGUUGGUGGCAGAGGGUCACGGCCGGAGGGCGGAGAGUAUGGGAAUUUCCCUGCAGGAGGAUUUGGGGUCUCUGGCCGAACGAUUUAAAGAUUAUGGGAUUCCUGAAAACGGUGCUGCAGUGGUGGAGGGUUCAACUGAGGAUGAUACUUUGGCUGUUACUGCAAAAGCAUUGAAAAAGUUGGGCCGAGCACAGGGCACUAUCAAUGUCACAUCAACGUAUGACAGUAGAACCAGAAAUGUAGAGAGUUCUCUGGUUGCCAGAGGAGAUUUAUGGCGAGUUGAGGCAUCACAAGGAAGUUCAACAUCAGGAAAUAAUAAUUCUUCUCUUUUCCUUGUACAGCUUGGGCCUGUACUAUUUGUUCGGGAUUCCACUCUUCUUUUGCCUGUUCAUUUGUCAAAGCAGCACCUUCUGUGGUAUGGGUAUGAUAGGAAGAAUGGAAUGCAUUCUCUUUGUCCAGCUGUGUGGUCAAAGCAUAGGAGGUGGCUGUUAAUGUCAAUGAUCUGCCUCAACCCUUUUGCCUGUUCUUUCAUGGAUGUGCAGUUUCCUAAUGGCCAGGUAACCUAUGUAUCUGGUGAAGGUAUAUCAACCAGUGCAUUUCUGCCCCUCUGUGGUGGUCUGAUUCAAGCACAGGGUCAAUAUCCAGGAGAAAUGAAGCUUAGUUUCUCUUGCAAGAACAAGUGGGGAACACGCGUAACGCCUACAUGGCAGUGGCCCGACAAAUCUUUUGCUUUAAGAUUGGAGCAGGCAUUGGCCUGGAAGAGAUCUGGUCUGAUGGUGAGGCCAACAGUCCAAUUAAGUUUAUGUCCAACAUUUGGUGGAUGUUGUCCUGGAGUACAUAUGGAAGUUACCCACUCCGUGAAGGAUGAAUUGAAUCUUAGCUGUGGCUGUGCUCUUGUGAAUCAUCCUUCUGCUUUUGCAUCAGCAUCUGUUGGGAGGUCCAAGUGGAACGGAAAUGUUGGGAGUGCGGGAGUAGUUUUGAAAGUUGAAACUCCGCUCGAUCAUUUUGGCAGACCUUCUUUCUCUGUUCAGGCAACAUGUGCCCAUUGUCGUUUCAGUUGCACUUGAAGCUUAGUCAUCUCUUCUAAUGGCGACCUGUGUCGGUGGGUCGUGGAUGGAAUGGUCUCUGUAAUCAACUGAGAAGAUCAUGCACAGGAUCUGUGUGUUUCUGUAUAUAAAUGUCAGAAAUAUGUCAUGCCACAAGAUCUAGAACAAGGAAAAAUUAUUUUGUUCUAAGUA